CAGCGAUGUUUCCGCUUUGAGUGGAGAAGGGGAGGGAGAGAGGGGAUUGGAGACGCAGCGGGACGCCGAGUCAGAAAAGCUUACACGGACACCCCACAAACGCUCACGCAAAAAAGAAAAAAACUUUCAACCUUCACAACCCACGACGGUGGCAGCCCAGACACCAGCCAUGGAGGAUACGGUGAAAAACUCUCUAAAAUGUGAGCUAUAAAAGAGACGUGCUGCAAAAACGAGCGAGAGCGGUUAUUCCCCUCAUCGUUCACGGGUGAUCUCGACUCGGGUGCUGCGUCCCCUCCGUUUCACUCGAACCGGGGGAAAAUGAAGAAGUUUAAUAUCCGUAAGGUGCUGGACGGUUUGUCGGCCGUGUCGUCUCCCUCUCCGUCCCCACAGCCCGGGGCAAAGGAGAACGAUCUCAUCCCGGAGACGAUCCAGUCUGAACACUUUCAGCUCUGUAAGACGGUGCGCCAUGGCUUUCCCUACCAACCGUCCUCUAUGGCAUUCGACCCGGUUCAGAAAAUCCUGGCCGUUGGGACUCAGAACGGAGCUUUACGAUUAUUCGGCCGGCCCGGUGUGGAGUGUUACUGUCAGCAUGAGAGCGGAGCAGCCGUCAUCCAUCUACAGUUUCUCAUAAAUGAGGGGGCGCUGGUGAGUGCUUUGGCCGAUGAUAGUGUUCACCUGUGGAACCUGCGACAGAAGAGACCAGCAGUGCUACACUCACUCAAGUUUAACAAGGAGAGGAUAACAUUCUGUCAUCUGCCCUUCCAAAGUAAAUGGUUGUAUAUCGGCUCGGAACGAGGAAACAUCCACAUUGUGAAUGUGGAGUCCUUUACCCUCUCAGGAUAUACCAUCAUGUGGAACAAAGCCAUUGAAUUGUCCUCCAAGGCCCACCCCGGCCCAGUGGUUCACAUUAGUGACAAUCCUAUGGAUGAGGGCAAGCUCAUAAUAGGAUUUGAGUCUGGGAUCGUAGUGCUGUGGGAUUUGAAAUCAAAAAGAGCUGACUACCGCUACACUUACGAUGAGGCGAUUCAUUCUGUGGCCUGGCAUCACGAAGGAAAACAGUUUAUCUGUAGUCACUCAGAUGGCACACUGACCAUAUGGAAUAUAAAGUCUCCAGCCAAGCCCGCACAGACAAUCACACCACACGGAAAGCAGCCUAAAGACGGAAAAAAGCCAGAACCUUGCAAACCCAUUCUUAAAGUAGAAUAUAAGACCACAAGAGCAGGGGAUCCAUUUAUGAUAUUCUCUGGUGGUUUGUCGUAUGACACCGUGGGCCGACGGCCGUGUUUGACAGUAAUGCAUGGGAAGAGCACGGCAGUGUUGGAGAUGGACUAUCCCAUUGUAGAUUUUCUCACUCUGUGUGAAACGCCAUAUUCUAACGAUUUUCAGGAACCGUACGCUGUGGUGGUUCUUCUGGAGAAGGAUUUAGUUGUUAUUGACCUUGCACAAAAUGGUUACCCCAUCUUUGAAAAUCCGUAUCCCAUGAUGAUUCACGAGUCCCCUGUGACGUGCUGUGAGUACUUAGCCGAUUGUCCUGUGGACCUCAUACCUGCACUUUAUUCUGUCGGGUCUCGCCAGAAACGACAGGGCUACAGCAAAAAGGAAUGGCCUAUCAGUGGGGGAAACUGGGGCUUGGGCACACAAAGCUACCCUGAAAUAAUAAUAACUGGGCAUGCAGAUGGUUCAGUCAAGUUCUGGGAUGCCUCAGCAAUAAUGCUCCAGGUGCUGUACAAACUAAAAACAGCCAAGGUGUUCGAGAAGGUGCGCUGUAAAGAGGACAAACCCAACACGGAGAUCGUGGACGAGGACCCGUUCGCCAUUCAGUUGAUGUCUUGGUGUCCCGAGAGCCGUAUGCUUUGUGUCGCCGGCGUCUCUGCCCACAUUAUUAUAUACAGGUUCAGCAAACAGGAAAUCACAACAGAGGUUGUGCAGUUAUUGGAGGUCAGGUUACAGUGCGAGGUAAAUGAUCUGGAGUCCCCAGAUGGGGGUGGAGAUCAGACACCAGCUCCUCCCACUCCAAUCACCUCCCCCAGUCCACAAAACGCCACCCCUCAGACACACCCUUCAACUAGCAGCAACUCGUCGGAUGGGAUGAGAGACAAUAUACCCUGCUUGAAGGUGCGCAGCAGUCCUUUGAAACAGUCUCCUGGGUAUCAGGUGGAGCUGGUGGUACAGCUGGUGUGGGUCAGUGGAGAGCCGCCCCAGCAGAUCAGCAGCCUGGCCAUCAACUCCUGCUACGGCCUGGUGGUGUUUGGUAACAGUAAUGGUUUGGCAGUAGUGGAUUACUUACAGAAGACGGUUCUGUUGAAUAUGGGUACUGUGGAAUUGUAUGGCAGUGAUCCAUAUCAGAGACAACCACGAUCUCCCCGCAAAAGCCGACAACCUUCAGGAGGGCUGUGUGACAUUAAUGAAGGCUCGGCCACCUCAGAAGACCGCUGUAAAUCUCCCACCUCAGACAACAGGGACAACUCCUUCAGCCGCUCACGGAGCUCCAGCGUCACCAGUAUCGACAAGGAGUCACGGGAGGCCAUCACGUCUUUUUAUUUCUGCGAGACAUACACACGCAAAGCAGAUGGCGGGCUUACGCCAAGUUUGUGGGUUGGCACCUCUCUGGGCACACUGCUGGCCAUCUCUCUCAACAUGCCCCCUGUUGGAGAGCAGAGACUUCUGCAACCAGUCAUCGUCUCCCCUAGUGGCACUUUUAUCAGGUUGAAGGGAAGCAUCAUUCGAAUGGCCUUCCUGGAUUCUACAGGGUCUUUCGUGCCUCCUGCGCUCGAGCCAUGGUACGAACCCAACGCCCCAGCCAAUGGAGAGGAGCGGGACAAGGUUCGUAAGAGACGGCCGGUGUCCGUCUCCCCAUCCACAUCCCAGGAGCUGAACGAAAACCAGUACGCUGUGGUGUGCUCGGAGAAACAGGCCAAAGUGUUUAGCCUGCCCUCCCAGACCUGCGCUUUUAAACACAACAUCACCGAAACAUCAUUUGUGCUGCGGGCGGAUGUGGUACAGAUAAACGCUGGCAUUUGUCUGGCCUGCUUUUGUGCCAACGGACACAUCAUGACCCUCAGUCUGCCAGGGUUGAGACCAUUGCUGGAUGUAAAUUACCUGCCCCUGACAGACAUGCGGAUAGCGAGAACAUUCUGCUUCACGAACCUCGGCCAGGCCUUGUACCUGACCUCUCCUACUGAGAUCCAGAGAAUCACAUACAGCCAGGAGGUCUGCGAGAACCUGCAGGAGAUGUUGGGCGAGCUGUUCACUCCAGUGGAGACGCCCGAAGCUCCUAACAGGGGAUUCUUUAAGGGUCUCUUCGGCGGAGGAGCGCAGUCUCUAGACAGAGAGGAACUCUUCGGGGAAACAGGCGCCGGAAAAGCGCCACGCAGUCUCGCUCAGCACAUUCCAGGUCCUGGGGGUAUAGAAGGCAUGAAGGGGGCAGCGUCUGGAAUCGUGGGUGAUCUCGCUCGAGCUCGGAUAGCGUUGGAUGAGAGAGGACAGAAACUGGGCGAGGCGGAAGAGCGAACGGCAGCCAUGAUGGCCAGCGCUGACUCAUUCUCCAAACACGCUCAUGAGAUGAUGCUGAAGUGUAAGGAUAAGAAAUGGUACCAGUUCUGAUCUCCGGAAAACAGCAGAGCCCAGCGGGACUCAGGAGUUGUCUUACACAGCCUUGUUCAUCUCUAAUCCGUGUCCCAUUCCCUCUCUUCAUCUCUCCUCUGCUGGACCAGUGGGAUCCCUCGCUCUAUCCUAGCACAAUACUAAACACGGUCUGCUCACAGAACUGAGGCACAGACUGAGAGCGGCCCCAGUUUGAGGAAUAUCAUACCAUGACAAGUGUCCACUCUUCGGUUUUUGUUCGUUUGUUGAAUAUUGCCAAUCCUCUCUCAUGGCGGCUGGGCUUGGCAGGCCUAGAAAUUCUAUUUCUUCUCUCAGUCCUUGAAUUGUUUUUGUGCUAUUGUUUUUUGCAAUCAUGUUCUGCCUCGUACGUUGGAGAGCAGUACAUAGUCAAAAAAGACAAAUAAACGAAAUAAACAAAAAAAAUCUCCAGAUAAAAAAGUGGAAAAUAAUAUAUAUACUACAUAAUUCUAUAUAAAUCCAUUAAAGUCUGUAUAAUUGCCAUAUUUGCUAUUGACUGUCAAAAGGAACUUAAAUAUGAAGACACUGGGCGAAGCAUGGGAAGAGCUCUGUUCACAAGAACCGCUGUAACCGGGAAGAGAACAAUCUCCUUACUUCUAAAAUUUACUUGGUAUAUUUAUGUAAACUGACCUUUUACUAAAUGAUCCCAUUUGGUUUCAUUCCUAUUUAAAUAUUUUAUUUAUUCGUUUAUUUAUUGUUUUUUAGCAAAUCACUUUAUCUUAAAAUGAUUUUUGAGUCAUAUUUUUAAUUAUUGGGAAUACUAUAAUGCUUUACAUUAAAGUACCAUCUACAGAGGGUUUUUAAAUGGCUGAGAGAUAAGCCAGAGAUAGAAAUGAAGCAUCUGUAUGUAAAAUAUUCAUUGUGAAUUAACUAUUUAGAAAUGCAAGCAUGACUUAAUUGAUGGUAUUUUCAUGUGAAACAUUAUACAGAUCUUUCAACUUUCUAUAAAACUCAGUACAGAAAAUAUCUGGUCUGGACAGAGUUGGAAAAUAUAAUGAGUUUGUUCACCCAAAACUUAAAAUGUAGUACACAGCGUGUAUGGCUUUCUUUGUUCUUUGGAACCAAAACUCAAUUCAAUAAAAUUAAAUAAUUCAAUGUGAUUUGUGCUGUGUAUUCCAAGCGUUAUGAUGUCAUACGAAUGGGCGUAUCAUUCUUAAAGCAGUUUAGGAUGUUUACUUGUAAAUAAUGCUGGAACAGGGAUCAGUGACAUUCACAACACGAGAGUAGCCGAGUGUAUUUCAUUGAAUGAGUACAUUUUCACACAGAGAAGAGACAUUUUUUUUAACUCAAUUUUGUUUCCAAAGAACAAAAGAAAGCCAUGUGAAGUUUGAAUAACACAAUGGUUAGUAAGUACUACUGACUGAAGCUUUCUUUUUAAGUGAACCAACUCUUGUUCACUGAUAGGUAACCAAUGAAUAAAUAUUCUAUCAUAAAUUACUCGCCCUCGAGUCGUUCCACAACCGUAAGACCUUCGUUCAACUUUGAAACACAAAUUAUUAUUAAAGUCAGUGAAAUAAAAAGUAAAAACGAUCACAAUUUCCGGUUCAUGGGGACUUUAAUAUAGAAGUUUUUUAGGUUUUGAUGAUGUCUGAGAGCUUUCUGACACCCCCAUAGAUGGCAAUGGUGGUGGUUGAGGAGAGACCCCCCUCAUAUGAUUGUAAAGCGCUUUGGGUGUACAGCAAUAGACAGAAAAGCGCUAUAUAAAUGCCUCAUUCAUUCAACAUGCACUCAUCGGGCAGAAAUUUAGUAAAGAUAAAAUUGUCCUAAAAUUAGAGAGGAAAUUAAUUGAAUAAAGUAUUUAUUUUUGGUUUAUUUAUUGCGCGCAAAAAGUAUUGUCAUCGCUUCAUAAAUUUGAAGGAGCAAUGUGGAGAUUUUAGUGGCAUCUAGCUGUGAGGUUGCGAAUUGCAACCAAUGGCUCACUCCACCCCUCCCUUUCGAAGCACUAGGACAACUGACAUAGGACAAAGAUGUCGCCAUGUUUUUGCUUCUUUGCCGAAGGAGAUAACGUAUUUACGACUCGCGCUCUGUAGAGCAGUUUGUCUGUUGAGGGCUACUGUAGAAACAACAUGAUGCCGAAUUCCAUGUAAGGCGACCCGCAGUGUAGGUAGAUAGAAAUAGCUCAUUCUAAGGUAAUAAAAACAUAACGCUUCAUUAUGUGAGGUCUUAAUACACCUCUGAACACAAAGUUAUGUAUAUUAUAUUGCAUAUCUGUCAAUAGAUCCUCCAAAUAAAUACUCAGAAACAAUUGUAUAGUAUAAUGCAAUGUAAGUCGCUUUGGAUAAAAGCGUCUGCCAAAUGCAUAAACGUAAAUAACACUGGACCUUUAAUGUUGAACCGCUGUAGUCACAUGGACAAUUUGAACUUUCUGAACUUUGAGUGUAUGUUACGUUGCUGUCAAUGGGGGGAGUCAGAAAGCUCUCGGAUCUAACCAUAACUAUCUUCAAUUGUGUUCCAAAGAUAAACAAAGAGCAAGUUAUUCAUGACAGAAUUUUCAUUCAGUGGUGAACAAUCUCUUUAACAUUUAAAACCUGAACAUUAUCGUUAUUACGUUAUUAUGAAGGCAGCCAUAUAGACCUCAAUAGCUUGAACAGAUGACUGAAAAUUAAGUUGUCGUAAGAGAUUUGAUUUUGUCUAUUAGACAAGUUUUUCCUUCCAUUCCUGCAUACUGCAUAGACUAAACAGCUUUAAAAUAGACACAUGCUUACCAGAGAUUGUGCUUCACUAAAUAUUUUGGGUUGGGUCUGUUUAAUGGUCCACGUUUCACUUGUUAAAUUAAAGCACUUAAUGUUCAGAAAUGGCUCAUAUGGUCAUACCUGGUUUCAUUAAAAUCAGUAAAUUGGACCACUUGUGAAGACUUCAUCUUUGGUGAUUUUGUUUACAGGCGAGACUUUGGAACAUUAUUAAUAGUAGUUUUGAAUGUCAGGUCAAUAUUUUGGAAUAUAUUUCAUGGGUUUGAGUUUGGCUAUAGAUUAAUACGUAUAUGCCAUAGGUCAUUUUGGCACAAAAACAUCAUCAUACUGCACAUCCGUGAAAGCACUUACAGUAAGUGUUAACUGUACAUUCAAGCGGAAAAUUAACAAUUAAAUGCAAAACACGGUAAUAAUGUCUUUUUCCCCCCAUUUCGCCCUUGAAACCACAUUUUAGUGCCAUUACAAUAUUAUUUGUGGUUUGCAAGAAAUGCUGCUAUACAUGUUGCAUUGACUCACGUGACCCAAUCUCACUCAAGAAACUAUUCCCACUUGCCUCUCCGCCCAAAGUUUUUGCCAUUCUGUGAAUGAAGUAGUUUGACAAUCUGGGACCAUGAAAUCGAGAGUGAAAGUGGCCAUACUGACCCUAAGACAGUUGCCAUAUCUUUUAAAACGCCAAAGAUUUUCUUUCAUUGAGUUGCGUAUUCCACUGACUGUGAAAGCUAUAUUUGUCUGAAGUACCACUCCAUAUUCCACCAGUAAAACAGUGUUGAGGAGUGUCCUAAUGUUUUUGUGUGCUAUACCAUUACAAGUGGAGUCUGCCUUUCGUGUGUUUCGUACUAACACAUACUGUAUACUUCGACAAAAAUGUGGGGGGGAAAGAAUUACAAACGAAGCCAAUCUCUCUAAGACUAUAAAUGUUUCUCUGUGUUGGACUCUGUAUUCUCUGUAGAUGUGUUUUCAUGCCAUGGUGUAAUAGUGUUUCCCAAUACCGGGUUUGUUUUUGGAUAUCAUGUCAUUUCUCCUUAAGUAAUUCAAUUAUAUUUGUAAAAUGUGUAUUUUUCUCUGCAGUACUGUAUUUCCCUGAAUAGAUAUCCUUGUCAUAUUUUUAAUCAUCGAUUAUUAAAAAAAUAUUUUUAUAUAUGCUUUUGGGGAGGAAGAAUUCAGAGCUCAUUCAAACUGAUUAUACCGUGUGCUGUUGCUUGUUUCCAUACCUUUGUUUUCAGCGUGUCCUCUGUUCUUGCCAUAACUGACAGGGCGAUUUUUUUGAAGUGAGUGUGCGUUCCUUUGAAAAUUGACAUAUGUGAUCACAGUAUCAAGGCCUGAGAAUGUGUUUUAACACAACCAGGGUGAGGGCUGUCAGAGAUCCAGUAUAAUUAUUAAUAAGAAAGUUUGCUUUUGCUUGAAAACGCCAUACUUUUCUAUGUACCUUAUUUAUGAGAAGACAUUUCAAGCCUUCGAAUGGUUAUUUACAUUUCAAAACCAAAUAUUAUUAGUUACGACUCCUCUAAACUGGUUGUUUGAGAUAAAGGGAAACAUUGACGUUCUAGGAUGCUAUAUGUCAAAUAAUCCAGUCAGCCAUGUUGAACUGUAAUGCCGUACAUUUCAGUAAAGUCAGUGUUCCUCGGAAACCGAAUGAUCACACCUUUAAUUUAUUCAUAUUUUUGAGAGGUUUAGAAUUCACUGUUGAUGAACCUGGUUGUUCGCUUUUGGUAGUUACAUGAGAAGAAAGUGAGAUGAUGUCUGAAUUUUCCUGUUGCUUUUUGGCUUUUUUAUUUAUUCGAUUUGUACUGUCUCAUGUUGACUUGUAGUGAAUGUUUUAUUUGUUUCAGACAGAACAUUCUUACCUGAAAUAUUACACUUUUAACAUGCAGAAGAGCCACAUUCAUUUACUGUCCUGAAUAUAACGGUUAUCAGUGGGUUGCAGUAUUUUCUCAUUGUAGCCAAUUUCUUGUACAGUUUUAUGCAAAUUUCACAUGGAUGUUUAUGACUAUCUGCUGCCACAAACGGUUUAGAACUUCUGUAGAUAGAAAUUACUGUGCAAUGGAAAAUAAAAACGAUUUAAAAUCUG